AUGUCGUCCAGCAGCAAGGACAACAAGGAUCUCGGAGGGAUCCCACCAGGGUUCAUCCAUGAUGACGAAAGUUCUACUCGUUGUGAGUUCGAUCAUGUGACUGUUGGCGCCAUUGCCGCCAUGGUUUCUUCUCUAGCCGAUGAUACGGAUCUCGAGGUGGGAAAACUCAAAAUGGAAGAGGAAGAUACUGCUGAGACCAUUCAGCUCGUAGUACUCAAAGAGCAAGGUGGCUCACCAAGGGACCCUGUUGACACAGACAACACCACGACUAUUUCUGUUCCCAGUCAAGUUCUCACAGAGCUCAAUGCAGCUCCAGCUGCUGAACUACCAACGCAAAUUCCUGACCUGAACAGACAAACAGGCGUAGCACAAGUUUUCCCAGGUGCUAUUGCGGUGGAGGGGCCAGGCUCUUGGUCUCGUCGGGGUGGUAACAACAACAAUGACAGCCUAGCUGAUGAGAAUACUAUCGAAAGCCAGGACAUUGCAAGUCGGGAAAACAGCCGUGAGGGCGACAUUAUUGCGCAUCUGGUCCACGAGGACGAUGGGCUACUCCAAAAUGCAGUACCGGAUAUGCGGUUCCACCGAAUCAGAAAGUAUUGGAGACGAAAGCUAUACUUCGCCCUGUCUAUACAGACGAUUGUGGGUAUGGCAGCGGUGGCAAUCAUUCUGGCAGUAUUCUUGGCAAUCCGAACAAGAAACAGCAGUGAAUGGAUACGGCAACACCAAAAUGGGUGGAUGAAAAGUCCAUCCGCUGCUGGUGACGUAGAAACCCCGGCACCCACAAGUUUGCUGCAUGUUCUUGCUCUACCUGACUCUACACAGAGAGCCAUGCUAGACCGUGAGUCUCCGCAAGCCAGGGCCUAUGAAUGGCUCAUGAGUGAUACCAGCAUUCAUGUCCUACCAGAAUGGAAGUUACGACAACUGUUUGUGCUGGUCACCUUUUACUAUUCAACCAAGGGUGACUACUGGGUCAAGAAGCAUUGCUGGUUGGAUUGGAAGACAAAUGACUGUCAUUGGGAGCAAGUCCCCACCGCGUUCAAGGCAAUAGAUUCGCCAGACCUCCAUUGCAGUGACAGGGAACUCAUCACAUCGCUUGACUUUUCCACCAACAAUUUGGAGGGAACUAUACCUCCAGAGAUAUCACUGCUGAGCACUGGACUGCAGCAUUUUGCGCUUCGGCAGAAUUUGGGAGUAUCCGGGGUGCUUCCAACAGAGCUUGGUCUGCUCACAAAGUUGACCAGCCUCAUGCUUUUUGCUACUAGCCUUUCUGGCUCACUGCCAACAGAGCUGGGUCGACUGGAAAGCCUGAUAGAACUCACAAUUGGGUCCAACAAAAUGAUCACUGGACCCCUCCCUACCGAAAUUGGCAAUUUGUGCCACCUCACAAAGCUUGAACUGACCUCCACAGAUUUUUCAGGCUCCUUUCCCAGUGAAAUCUACCAGUUGCCAAAUUUGAAACAAUUGACAAUCAGAGACUGCCCAGGAUUGAUCACUGAACCUCUUCUUCAAAACAUUUGUGACAACAUGCCCCAGUUGGAACUCCUUUCGCUAUCUUGCGAGCAAUGCAGUGUGAAGGCUCCUAUCACCAGUGCCAUUGACAAACUGACUAAUUUGUCGUUGUUCUCGUUGAGUAUCAAUAGUCUCAUUGGGACAAUACCGAGUGAGCUGGGAAAGUUGACCAAAAUAACCGCAUUGGGCAUGCAUUCAUCUUCCAUCUCUGGAACUGUACCAACUGUGCUGGCCAAAGUGUCCCAUUUGAAAUACAUCAACUUCCGAUCCAACCAUUUGGUGGGGACACUCUCUCCGGGCCUUUUCUCACAUCUCACUGAGUUGAGAGGUGUAUCUAUCGAUGACAAACCAUUUGGAAGGCACACUACCAACUGGUCUCUUUUCCCAGCUCAGACACUUGCAGAAUUGGCAAAGCAGCUCCAAUCUGUUCUCGGGUUCAAUACCGACUGA